UUAAAUAAUAAUAAUAAUACCAUUGUUUACAUUCUCCACAAACCUCUUUUUCAUUUCAUUUUAUUUUUAACAUUCAUGUCAAAUCUAUCAACCUUACUAACCGAGGCUGUGAAUCAGACAAUAUACUAUUGGAGACUACCUGAGACCUAUGAUAUCCUACUUUUAAUCUACAAGAGCUUACCGGCAAUCAUGACUCCGCUUGUAUGCAUUGUUAAUGCACCAUAUGGUCGGUUUUCGGGUCAAUUCUCUAGCCCGCUUUCAUUGAAAGUGACUUUCUCUGGUCGUUGGAGUUGGUGUCUAAUGGAGGCCGUCUCUCCUGCUGUGUUCCUCACAAGUGUCUGGUUGUGUUCACCAUCCCCCUCACUGCUCAACUUGUCAAUGUCACAGAUGGUAUUGACAUCGCUGUGGGUUGUGCAUUAUGUCAAUCGCAGUAUUGUGUAUUCCUGGAGAGCACCUUCUAUAGCACCCAUUCAUCUGCUGGUUUCGGUUUCGGCAGCGUGUUUUAAUAUUUUGAAUGGAUACGUGAAUGGGGUCUGGGUGGCAAGACAUCAUGACCUUGACCUUAAUCCAAAUUUAACAAUGACGGUCUGGCGCUGGGUGGGCGUAGGUAUUUUCGCAACAGGGUUUGGACUCAACCUGUACCAUGACUCGAUUUUGUUUGACUUAAGAAAGUCUAAGAAGAAAGAGUCCAAGGAUAGUAAUCCAGAAAAGACACACGAUUAUUCGAUUCCUUUUGGUGGACUAUACAGAUAUGUGAGUUGCCCAAACUAUCUAUCUGAACUGAUCGAGUGGACCGGGUUUAUGAUUGCUGCUUGGCCGAGUACCCCAGCCAUGGUAUUUGUGUUGAGUACUGCUGCCAAUCUCAUCCCGCGUGCAUGGCGCACACAUGCAUGGUAUAAGCACCAAUUUCCGGACUACCCGGCCGAUCGAAAGGCCGUGAUUCCUUUUGUGUUAUGAAAAAUAUGUACAUAAUUCCCCAUCCCCUAAUAAUCAUAAUAAAGAAGUAAUCCCUUGUUCAAAAUAAAAAUAAAAUAUAUAGGGUUUAUGUAUCAUUAC